AUGUCGCCGCUCGCCGAUAUCCCGGUUGAAAUCGCCAACCACAUCUUGGGCUUCGUCCCGACUUCUGAUCUUUUGAAUCUCUGCCUCACCAAGAGAUCACUCCGCACAGCCGCUGAGCCAUUUCUGUACUCUACCAUCAGGCUAGGGGAGUACGAUACUACACCCCGAAUCGUUCCGCUUCUCCGCACCUUGUUACAACGACCCGAGCUCUGGGACUACAUAGAAAAUGUAUAUAUGGAUGGGUCGGGCUUUCUAGGUCAUGUUUUCCGUGCACUGGACCUGAACAGCGUCGAUAUCCCUGUUGAGCAGUGCCUCGAUGCCAUCAAAAAGACAAAGGUGCCAUAUACCGACUUGUGGAUCGCAAAGUUGAACUCGAGCGAAACGUCCUUGGAGGCUCUUUAUGCUGUUUUCCUCGCCGGACUCUCCAACUCAAAACGUCUGGCUUUGACAGGGCACUUCAUAAACAAACGCGAGAUCAUCGGCAAGGUCAUCCAGUCCAAGGCCUUGGGCGAGUUCGGGCUCUCUAAACUUGAACAGCUCAGGGAGGUCAAAUACGACAAGUUUGUCGAUAACGUGGAAAACAAGAACAACAAGAUAUUUCCAGACGUAAUAUCUUUAUUUUAUCUACCAUCACUCACGAGCAUCGAGGCUUGGGUCCCGAACCCUCCUGUAUUUGAGUGGCCGGCAGGCGAACCCAAUCUUGAUCAUCUGACCUCGUUGAAUCUUACGCGACUCUCCGAAGAUAACCUGGGGAAAAUUCUUGCCUUGACACGGAAUCUCAAAUCGCUUACCUGGACCCGGAACUGGGACCAAACAGAUGAUCCUGGAAAUACGAUGGAGCUGAACUUUGAAAAUAUCAUUGAGAGGCUAUCGCUCGUCCGAGGCACGCUGGAGGAGCUACGAAUUCGGCUGGAGAUUCGGCCCGAUUUUAAACCAGAACUCAACGUGACAGGGUCGUUGGCUGGCCUUGCCGGCUUUCGCGGACUGACCUAUCUCGAGGUGCCAUUCAUAUCUCUUGCUGGUUUUGGAGAGACUCCGUUACCUAUUGAGGAUAGUGUUCCUCCCAGUGUCAAAACUCUUGCUCUCUCGGAUGACUUGCUUCUCAAUAGCGCGGUCAGAUGGCAGCAGCCAUAUUUUGAGGAGCACCGAAUCGACUACGCUCCAGCUGUGGCGAUAGGCGAGCACAUCGAGGCACUGUGCGACAAUAUCCCCACGCAAUUGCCUCUAUUGCGUGACCUCAUCUUCUUCGCCGACAAUAGCUUUGCGCCCAUAUUUGAGCGCAUAGAUUUCGAUGAUACCAUGGCACUAUAUACUGACGACGGCUUCAAUAUGCGAGUGUCAACUCGAUACUAG